CCCAAAGGAAGACAGUAAGGCGCGGCAGUCGGCGGGCGCCUUCCCGGAAGCGGAAGCGUAGGGGGCGGGACAAGGUGUGCGCGGCGGUUAAUUCCUUUUUCCUUUCGUCUUCCUUUCCCUACAUCUGGGAUUUUCUGAGACUGAAAGAAAUGGUCAGGUCCGGACCUCGACCCGGCCAGGUGAUAUCUUCAGGAAGGCAGCCUGGAUCUGCUAAAUUAACAAAUGGAAAGAAAGGGACCUAUCAAAGAAAAAUAGCACGUUUUAAUGCAGAUUCUGGUUGUUCCAUUCAGUUUGACUCGGAAAGUCAGACUGAAACUGUACAGGGACUUGACGGUUGUGCUUCUUUGAUGCGAGACAUUUUGAGAAAUGGAGAUUCAGGUUCAGAAAUAGUAUCUUCGGAAAGUAGGUAUAAUUACAGACAUUUAGAUGGCAAAAAGUAUGCAUCUAAAAAGAAAGGACAUACUGCUCCUUCAGCAGUUCGAAAAGAAAUAUUAUCUUCAGAUAAUAAGAAACUGAUACCGAAUGAAACUUCAGCUGGAAGUAAAAGAGAUACAUCAGACAUAGCACAAAACUGGUCAUUACAAGAACAUUACAGAAUGUACUCACCAAUAAUAUACCAAGCCCUUUGUGAACAUGUACAGACUCAAAUGUCACUGAUGAAUAACUUGGCUUCAAAAGAUGGCCCUAAUGGAAUUCCUACUGUACCUUCUCAUACUAUGUCUGGUUCAGAAUCUCGGGCAACAGCACAUUCUGGUUAUGGCUGUAGUGCUUCUACCUCAGUCUGGUCACCUCAGCAGCUGUCCUGCCCUGUGAUGGUUCAUUCUGAAGUUCAGACUGAUGGUGAUCACCAGCUUGGAUCACAAGGUCAGUCAUCCUCUGUGAACUAUCCUGAUGUUCCGAGGAAUUCAUUCAAUACCUAUCCUGGAAUUGCAUGUAGCCUUCCCUACACUGACAAAGCAGCUAUUCCAACAUUUCAGCCGCUGAGCCUUGCUAACUGGAUUCUGCCACAACAAAGAGUUCGUAAGGAAGCAGACCUACUAAAGUGUUUUCAAACACAUAUGUCUCUGUUUCCAUCUCAUGGAGAAGAAACUCUCCCGGACAGUCAGGCACACCAAAGUCCCACUCAGUCACAAACAGCUUUCUUGGCUACUAAUGAAGAAAAAUGUGCCAAAGAACAAAUUGGAGAGUCCAAAAAUGAAGGAAAGUAUUUAAACAUACAUGUGCAAGAUGCAAAAAUAGCCAAGAAUAUACAGAAGGCAAAAAAUGUGAACCAGACUGCGGAAAAAGUUAGAACCAUCAAGUAUUUGAUGGGAGAGCUCAAGGCCCUGGUAGCAGAACAAGAGGAUUCAGAAGUUCAGAGAUUGGUAGCAGAGGUAGAGACAUGCAUAUCUGGGCUUCUAGCAACAAGUGGGAACACAAAUAUUCAAGUUGAAAUAGCACUGGCCAUGCAGCCACUAAGAAGUGAAAACGCUCAGUUACGCAGGCAACUGAGAACUUUGAAUCAACAUCUCAGAGAACAAGAAAAACCUCCAAAGGUACCUGGCAACCUUGAAUUGUUUCCCCUUCAGUCAUUGAACAUGUCACUGCAAAAUCAAUUGCAGGAGUCACUGAAGAGCCAGGAAUUGCUACAGAAUAGAAAUGAAGAACUUUUAAAAGUGAUAGAAAAUCAGAGAGAUGAAAACAAAAAAUUUACUAGUAUAUUUAAAGACAAAGAGCAAACUCUUCUUCAAAAUAAACAGCAAUUUGACAUUGAGAUGACAAGAGUAAAAAUGGAAUUGGAGGAAUCCUUGGCCAAUGAGAAAAACUCUCGGUUUAAGUUAGAAACUGUUGAAAAGGAAAAUCAGAUACUUGGAAUAACGCUACGCCAGCGUGAUGCUGAGGUUACUCGACUACGAGAAUUAACCAGAACUUUACAGAACAGUAUGGCAAAGCUACUCUCCGAUCUCAGUGUGGACACUGCUUGCUGUAAGUCAGGGAAGAACCUUACCAAAUCACUUCUGAAUAUUUAUGAUAAACAACUUCAACAGGACCCCACGCCCCCUCACACAUCUGUAAUGAGCUACCUAAAUAAAUUAGAAACAAAUCACAGUUUCACACAUUCAGAACUGCUGCCUACAGUUAAAAAUGAGGAAACCAUAGAGCCAGACAGACUUUAUGAACAUGUUCUGCCCUCCCAAAACCCUCCACAUGGUAACACUAGGGCCGAAGACAGAGUAUCUGAACCUGGAAUUGUUCCUACCUUUUUAGAACAGAGUUCUGAUACAGAGUGUGAAACCAUCACUUUAAUAGAAGAUGAAAGUAACUUGGAUAAUACACUUUAUAUUCCUUUUGCAAGAAGUACUUCUAAAAAACACUCGCCACUUUCUCAGAGACUAUCACCUCAGCCAAAGAUAAGUAUUACUACUGCACAGCUAGUCAGCAACAAUGCACUUGCCUCUAAGAGAGAAAAUAAACUCUGUGCACCUGUAGUUUCUUCUUCACAAAAUGAAGCAGAAGAUGAACCUGGAAAACUUGCGAGACCAUUUGACACAGAGGACAUGCAGCUCCUUAGGAAAAUAAAAGAAGCAAUUGGUAAGAUCCCUGCUGCCACUGAGGAUCCCAAGGAACAGGCUGCGCAUCACGACUCUUCAGCUUCUUGCAGCCCAGGUGUUCAAGUGAAAGGCAAUAUUGUCUGUGACAGCAGCUUUUUAAAUUCUGACUUGAUGUCAGACUGGAGCAUUUCUUCUUUUUCAACAUUCACAUCUCAUGAUGAACAAGACUUCAGAAAUGGUCUGGCAGCAUUGGAUGCCAACAUAGCUAGACUCCAAAAGUCCUUAAGGACUGAUCCUCUGGAGAAAUGAAUUCAGAAGCAAAAUGAUUGAGUGUUUCUCAGGAUUAGAACUUGCCUACAUUAAUAGUAAAUUUUAGGUUUCCUUAGGGAAAUAACUUUUUACAUUAUUAAUUAUGUAUGAUAUAAUAAUGAAAAAUAAAUUUACAGUUGGAAUGGUUAAACACUGGAGCUUAUAAAAACAAGUUAUUUUAAGAAAUUAACAUUUACAGGGCUAGAGAAAUGGCUAAGCAGUUAAGAGCACUGGCUGCUCUUGCAGAGAACCUGGG